AUGGAGAUCGUGGCUGGUCAACUUCUGAGUGCGGGCUAUGAACCAAUCUCAAGCCAGUUCCUGUACACGCUCGAAUUUCUAAUCCAGGAUCCAGUCAAUUACCAGCGCCUUGUCGAGGAGAUUCGAGCGUUUAAGAGCAGUAACGAGAUCGACACUGAAGCAGUGGCCCAUCUCCGACUUCUCAAUGCUUGUCUCAUGGAGACACUUCGCAUGACAGUCAUCGGUGCGAACGGGCUGCCCCGUAUCUCGCCUGGUGCAGUUGUAAAUGGUCACUACAUCGAAAAGGGGAUCACCGUCCAGUACGCCCACUUCGCAUUCACGCGAAGCACUCGGUUCUUCAAAGACCCGGACCAGUUCAAGCCGCAGCGAUGGCUCCCGCAUGACCACAAGUAUUGGGAUGCCUCAUUUGCGAACGGCGCGAGGGACGCCUUCUGGCCUUUCAGCCGCGGACCGCGAAGCUGCCCCGGCAUGGGAUCGGCGUGGCGCCAGACCCGGCUCUUCAUUGCCGGAGUGCUCUGGAACUUUGACGUGGAGUUGGUCCCUGGCGAGGAGGUCAUUUUUGAUCGCGACUUUCGCACUUGUGCGAUGUGGGAGAAGCCUAGGAUUCGUGCACGGUUUCGGCCGGUGGUCAGGAAUGACAAAUAG